AAAAUAAAAAAAAGAAGCUAUCGAAGAAGGAAUAGCAGCUGGCACGAUGUUCGCCUGUGACAGUGAGAAUGAGCUCAGUGAUACUCAACUAUGUGUAGCAUUCGACGGAGAUGCUGUUUUGUUUUCUGACGAGUCUGAGAUUAUCGUAAAGGAACACGGAUUGGACACUUUUUUUAGGCAUGAGAAAGAGUUUGAGAACAAGCCUCUGGCUCAGGGCCCCCUGAAAUGUUUCCUGGAAGCACUGGGUAAACUCCAGCGCAAAUUCUAUGUAAAAAACCAACGAAUCAACUGCCCUAUUCGCACCUACCUCGUCACAACUCGAAGUGCUGCCAGUGCUGGGGCCCGCGUUCUGAAGACCCUACGGAGCUGGGGGUUGGAGGUAGACGAGGCCCUCUUUUUGGCGGGGGCUCCUAAGGGGCCUCUCCUACAGAAGAUCAGGCCUCACAUCUUCUUUGAUGAUCAGAUGUUUCACAUUGAGGGUGCCCAGGAGCUUGGUACAAUCGCUGCUCAUGUGCCCUAUGGGAUUGGACAGAAGUAUCAUAAGGGGAAACGCAUAGACACAAGUGAUGCCAAAAAGUUUUGAUGAUUAUCAAAUGCAAAUGUCAGAUUCCCAUGUCUUUAGGUACCUCAACACCUAUUCAGUGUCUUGCAUCUAUUCUAUACAAUAGUUAUAAAAAAAAUGUUUACUUAUAUUAAUAAUAAGCUGGGAAGUAAAGCACAUGAAUGGAAGCCUCUUCAUGUUAGAGGUCAUUUUAUUUAUUUGUUUGCUUCAGAGAAAGUUUUGAACCUUGAUCUGUACAGAUAGUUUAGUUUCGCUGUAAAUGACCUAGUAUAUUAUGUACUGUAUAUUAUUAUGUAGCAUGUUAUGUGCUGUACUAAUCCGUCAGCACUAAGAGGUUAAAACUACUGUGCAUACUGCAGCCCUUUCUUUUUCUUUUGGAGAAUUAUUUGCAGUUACUGUAGAUGCAUUUACCAGCCUUUAUGCCUUGAUCAUUACGGCUUUUUAAGAUGUUUAAUAGUUCAUUUUGAAUCAGAAAGAGAUUUAUUGCCAAGUAUGCUUACACACACACAAGGAAUUUGUCUUGGUGGCAGAAGCUUCCAGUGACAAGUGACAAGACACAGAUAACAAAAUUAAAAUGAGUAAAACAGAAAUAUGUAAAAACAAUACAAUAGACAAAAAUACAAUAGACAGUAUAUUGUAUGUACAGAUGUGCAAUACACAAAUUAUAUUAAAAGAAAUUUGGAUACAUUUAUGGUAUAUUAAAUCAAUAACACGUGCAAUAAAUAUAAGCAUAGAUAGUUGGGUAUUACAUGUUUUAUUGCACAAUAGGGAGAACAUUUAAACAUAAAAAUUCUGAAUAUUUAAUUCUAUCUCAGGGAACAUACAUUGCAACUCUCUAUUUUAUUUAUAGUGUAAGACGGUAUGAUGUAAAUGUAACAGAUUUUAAUCUACUAAAGCUGAUGUGUGUUGCCCACCACUAGUGUUCCUGAUAGACUUUGCCACAAUAUUAAAAUAACUGAGCAAAUGCUGAAAUAAGGAUGAGAGUGUGAAGAAUGUGAUACAUUGUAUUUAGAAUGUGUUUAUCAUGAAAUGUACAAGGUUUAAUUUUGUUUUGUCCACAAAAAAAAAAAAAGUUUUUAAAGACUGGAUUUAUUCUGUAUAAUCGUAAAUUAAAUGAGUGAUCUUAAUUGAGUGCGCUUUAUAUUGUGUGUCUAAUUAACGCUGUUAAGUUUGUAAUCCUUAAACAAAUUUGACUAGAAACAUGCGUGUCUAAAGCCUAGAUCAGGGGUGUAAAACUUAACUCCAACACACAUACCAUGUAGUUUUAUUGUAAAUAAAUAAAGCACGCAUUGCGUUUUAACCCGCUUUGCCUUC